CUACCCCACCAUUGGGAGAAAGAAGUCUUGAGUCAAGAUACUGCUGCUGCUGCAUUCAACUUUCUAAUUGAGAAGAUUCUUCAACAUCUGACAACGAAAUAUCCCACCAAGUCAGAAUACGAUGUCGUCCCAAAAGUGAAAAUCCCCAUCUCCCUCACAGUCCCUCCCAGCGUUGUACAUGACAAGUGGUGUUGAUGCUGAGGUAACAAGUAUCAUCACCAAACUCAUGGCGGGGCUGUUCCCCUAACUUAGGCAAGCCCACCAGCAUCAGGCCAAUGGCCUGGGAGGUGAUGACAAUCGCGAUGCUAGCUAGGUCUGUUCUCUGCCUCGGAGCCGGUUUUGUCGUGAAGCCGACUCUCGACAUCCUGUCUGAAGCCGGCAUUCCCGUAACUGUCGCUUGCAGGACUCUAGCCUCGGCCGAGGCUCUGUCUAAGGGCAUCAAGCACACCACCCCGAUCUCCCUCGACGUUACCGAUGACAGCGCGCUGGACGCCGAGCUCGCUAAGCAUGACCUGGUCAUCAGCUUGAUUCCUUACACCUUCCACGCUACCGUCAUCAAGUCUGCUAUUCGACAGAAGAAGAAUGUCGUCACCACAAGCUACGUGUCUCCCGCUAUGAUGGAGCUGGACCAGCAGUGUAAAGAUGCGGGUAUUACCGUGAUGAACGAGAUUGGAUUGGACCCCGGUAUCGAUCACCUUUACGCCAUCAAGACCAUCGAGGAGGUUCACGAGGCUGGCGGCAAGAUCCUGAGCUUCUUGUCGUACUGCGGUGGCUUGCCUGCGCCAGAAGACUCGGACAACCCGCUCGGUUACAAGUUCUCCUGGUCAUCUCGUGGCGUGCUUCUGGCUCUUGGCAACGAUGGAAAAUGGUGGAAGGAUGGCAAGGUCAUGACCGUCGCAGGCAAGGACUUGAUGGGUGAGGCCAAGCCGUACUACAUCUAUCCUGGGUACGCCUUCGUCGCGUAUCCCAACCGAGAUUCGACCCCGUAUAAGGAGAGAUACAACAUUCCAGAGGCCCAGACUGUCGUCCGAGGAACACUCAGAUACCAGGGCUUCCCCCAGUUCAUCCGGGCGCUUGUUCAGAUUGGUUUCUUGAGCGACGCUGAGCAGGACAUCUUCAAGCAGCCGGUCUCCUGGAAAGAGGCCACGCAAAAGGUGCUUGGUGCUUCUUCAAGCAGCCAGGCUGACUUGGAGUCGGCAAUCCUGGCCAAGGCUACUUUCGAUUCUCCCGAGGAGAAGCAAAGAAUCCUUAGCGGUCUGCGGUGGAUUGGCAUUUUCUCUGACGAGAAGAUCACCCCUAGGGGCAACCCGCUCGACUGCUUGUGCGCCGUCUUGGAGAAGAAGAUGCAGUACGAGGAAGGAGAACGUGACCUCGUCAUGCUCCAACACAAGUUCGAGAUCGAGCACAAGGACGGCAGCCGCGAGACCAAGACGUCGACUUUGAUUGAGACCGGCAACCCUGCUGGUUACUCGGCCAUGGCAAAGCUAGUCGGUGUGCCAUGUGGUGUGGCCGUGAAGCUGGUGCUCAACGGUACCAUAUCCGACAAGGGUGUCAUAGCUCCGAUGAACUCGAAAAUCAACAACCCCCUGAUGAAGGAGCUCAAGGAGAAAUACGGCAUCUACCUGACCGAGAAGACAAUAUCCUAGUCCAUUACAAUGUUUGCAAGUUGGGCAAUGUAAUUAAAAAGGAGACUAGGGCCGACGGCAUAUCCACAAUUCCAUAGAUGCAAAUAGACCAAAACGUCAGUGUUUAAAUCAUGUCUCUUUUGCUCGUAUAUUUUGAGAUGUGCAGCCCGUCUUCUGAUUGGGGAGUGUACUCUAAAGGACGUACUUUUGGCCCAUGUUAAGGUUGUAGUUUUGGGUAUGAUCCUCGUUGGGGUGGUGCUGACUAGCGAAAUCUGCUUUAGAUUU